AUGGCUAAAUUAUUAUCUCAGCAAAUUCCAAAUCGACCUCAACAAGAUGUAUCUUCCCGAGUGCAAAAUUCGGCACGACGUGAUCUAUUUUUAACAUCAAAAAAUGGAACUAAUCAAUCUGAUGCAUCACUAUCACAACAACACUAUCCAUCAUAUAAAGUGCCCAGUCGAUCUUCAUCUCAUCAUCAAGAUUCAUAUGAUAACAAUGAUCAUGAAUGGAAUAUUGAUGAUGAUAUUCAACCAUUAAAUAUAACCGAUAAUGAGACACUCGAUGAACGUCCAUCUAAUCGUAUGUCGCAUGAUGAUGAAUCUGAAGAUUCAUAUAUAACUGCAUUUCAUCAAUUAAUUCAAAAUCAUCAACAACAACAACAAAUGAUGGUACAGCAAGAACAAGAAAAUAUGCUAUCAACUAUAUUUGAAGCAUCAUGUGAAGAAGCAACACCGAUGACAUCGCUUCUUGAUGUACAUCAGCAACGUACACAGAUAUCUCCUCAAUUGCCAUUGAAUCCUAUUAGUAAAAAUAAUCAUAUGACUCAUAAUAAUCAAGACGAUGAAGAAGAACAAGAGAACGAACAGGGGGAAGACGACGACGACGACGACGACGAUGAUGAUGAUGAUGAUGAUGACGACAUCAGACAGGCGGAAAAAACAUAUCGUUAUACAGCUCCACCCGUUACUUCAAUUGAUGACAUACCUGUUUCAACAAGAUUUAGCAAAAAUGAAAAUUUAAAAUAUAGUGAAUAUAUCCUUGAAAAACUUCAAACAGAGGUAAACAAACAUUCGUAA